AUUUUGUGCGGAUGAGUUAAUUUUGUUGUGGCCAAUUAAGUGAGUAAUGAUUUAAGAAUAUAUAGAUUAGAAAGUAUUCAAACUGUUAGUUGUCGAUUGAAAAACAGCAGAUGGAUUUUACAAAGCUUAAGUCCAAUUACUACUUUCUUGAUGAUAAAGCAUACACAGAAGAUGACCUGCUCGUAUAUAAUGUCACAGCUUAUCAAUUGCAUGGCAAAGUCACCGAAUUAGAGCUCCGCAAGUACUUUUCGCAAUUCGGCGAUGUGCUCAAAGUGUAUUUGCAACGUGAUAAAUAUGCAACAGGCACUGCGGAACCACCGAUUGGUGUGGUGCAUUUCGCGCACCCGCUGGCAGCAGCUAGGGCGUUGCAGCGUUUCUCGCAUGAAUUGCAAAAGAAGCGCUUCUUUGUGAAUGCAUGCGAGAGUUGGGAGCAACCGGAAGCGUAUAGAGGUGGCGUAGACUUCAACGCACGCAUUGCUGCGCUCAACCUAAAUGGUGAUCUUAUCGACUUCUAUACAACUAUGCGCACCAAUAUCUUGCAAUUGAAUGAUGAGUGCUUAGAAACCAUAUGCCUUUAUCUGCCAUUACGUGAUCAAAUACGCUUUUCGCGUGUAUGUCGGCGUUUUCGUGAUAUUUUUAAGCAUAUUUGCAAGUGCACAUCUAAAGUUUUCAACAUGAAUCAAUUAAUCGGCAUGACAUUAUGGGAUAUACGUGAAUUUUUUGAAAUGGCCGGCGCUAAUAUCGAAGAGUUGUUUGGUGCAGUGCCUUAUAAUUAUCAAGAUCGCAUAGACUUCAUAAGCGAGCUAAGUCCACGUGUGCGACGCGUCGACUUGAAUUGCAAUAAUGUGGAAUCCGCUAGUUUGUUGCGUUUUUUGGAACGUUUCCAUGCAGUCACUUAUGUGGAAUUGCACAAUUUUUCGCUGAACGACAACUCUUUGCUUGCCUUAAGAAAACUGCCCAAUUUGCGUGCGCUGAUACUCGAUCAGAGUUUCGAGUUGACAGGCAAAAAUCUGUGUAAAUUAUAUCAGCUGCACGAGCUUAGUCUUUUUGGUUGUGAAAAUCUGCAGACCAGCCAUUUCAUCGACAUCUGCAAGUGUUUAUUUAAUUUGCGUUCCCUAGACAUACGCCACUGCAAAAUGCUUACAUCGCGCGCUUACAGCGAAAUGGUGCGCAACUGUCGUCAAUUAGAGCAGCUAAAAAUAUCCUGUGAAAAAGAGGUAAACUACGAUUGUGUAGCGCAAUUGCACGCACUACGCAAACUUACGGUGCACUCUUUUGGCGCAGUGCGUGAAACGCUAUUCAUUGCGCUGGCAGCACACAAAACGCAGCAGCUGGAGAAACUCGAGAUAUCAGCAAGAAAUUGCAUCACACACGAACGUGCCAUUUACCUAUCAAGGUUGCAGCAAUUGCGCAGCCUAAUCUGCCCAAAUAAUGACAAUCUAACCGAUGAGUGUCUCUUCGAGUUCGCCGAACGCCUCAAAUAUUUGCAGGAACUUGACAUUAAAAAUUGUCGCGCCGUGACAAACAUCGGCGUUUUGGUGCUGUUGCGUCGUUGUCCACAGUUAAAACUUGUGAAUAUCGAGCAAUGUGAGGGUAUAACGGAUGAUUUCGUAUUCGAUGCCUGUGAUGUGCUGAAGCAGGGUGGCCGCACUUAUGCGGAGCCAGUGCUGUUUCGCGUAGCUGGCACCAGCGUGCACGAAAUCAUUGUGCAGGGUUUACCGCAGCUUGAAGUGGGCCAUUUGCUACAAUUCUCCUUCGUGGAAGAGAGUUCCUAGUGCCCAGCUGGCAUGUUUGCAGGCGUUUAAGCGUAUAACCAAAGAAUUAUGAAGGAAAUACGUGUGGUCUAACAUGUCAAAAAAAAAA